AUGAAGCAGGAGCUGGGUGGGCGUGCUUCCAUUUAUGGACUGUAUUGGUGUGGGGUGGCAGAGCUGUGGGUGCUUAUCAUGCAGAUGUGCCAAGUGAUGAAGAGGAUGAGAAUGGCCGAGUCACUGGUGAAGCUGGUGACACAGAGAUCCAACCUGAGUGAGGAGAGCUGGAGUCGAGUUCUCAGUCAGAAUUGCUCAAUUUGGCCAUGGGCAAUGCCUCAUUUCUCAGACAGCUACUCAGUCAACCCUCCUCUCGGGCUACCGGGAAAUUACCAGCAGUCCUUCGAAAGCAAACCCAAAUCCAGUCUGGACUUCUGGACCCCAAAACUGCGGCAGGAGGAAAUAGAAGAAAAACACAUUGAUGAAGAAACAACACAAACAGUGGAAGGACCAGCAGCGAAAAGGGUAGAGGAAGAAUCGGAGAAAAGGAAGGAUGAGAUUGAGCUGGAAGUUCUCGAAAAGGUGGAAGAAGCCAAGUGUAUCAUGGAAAAGCAGCUGCUCAAAGAACCGGAGCAACUGAGACAAGCUGGACUUGCAGCACAAAAAGCCAGAGAGGAGGAAGAAUGUGCAAAACGUGAGGAGCUAGAGCAAGUACUGGAGCAGAAUAACCGAAAAAGCGCAGCAGCACAAGCCAAACUGGCUGAAGAGCCGUUGAGAAUUGUUGAAAAGAUUCACGAGGAAAGGAUGACAUUAGAACAAGAGCGGCAAUGUCAACAAAAAGAACAAAAUGUUAGCUUGGGCAAGGGCAGUCCAGGUCCAAACUGUCUUUCUAUUAAAAAUCCAGCAUAA